GCACUGAAACACACGAGAGGCCACGUCUCAGACAGACAGAGCACAUUUAAAUAUCUACACCGGACAUUACCAUUUUUAUAUCAGAAACAAAUAAAAACUAGUGAAUCACUCAAAUGGAACCAUACAGCAUCAUGGUUGAACUGGGCAACGUCACAUUCACAACUGGGCAACGUGCCUGGUGAGCCCUUAUUGCUUAAUGUAAAUGUAUUUUGCAUAACCAGCUGUGAGUAAAAUAUUUUGCAGUACACACUGACUUGACUAAAGGAAUAUUUUCUGCAAAGAAAGCUAUGACAGGAUGACUGUACACUGCUCUGUUAUUAAAAAGCAUAGACAGCAUCAAAGCUCUGUCUUAAAAUACAGUGUAAUUAAUAAUACUUACAGACUGGCAGACAGAAGGCUAACAGCAGCAGCGUGUGAGAAGACCUCAUUUUGGCGAUGAAGAGUAUCACUGAUCUGGAACGCAACUGAUAUAUAUAGAAUCAUGGCCUUUAGGGGCAGGCUUUGGAUGAUUAGAUAGGGUGCGAUACACAGUGGACUGCACAGACAUAUUAUAAUAAACACUUGUGUAUAGUGAUAAAGGUGCAUUGAAUCACAUUUCAAUACCGGUUACAUGUUUUAUUUAUUUAACCAGGUUAAUCUCACUGAUUAAAAAUCUUUUUCAAUAGCGAUAGGAUAAUAUGCAGAAAUACAGGAGACUCAUUAGGUCAUUGUACAAGGCUUGACUGGAGUUGUGUAAUGGAAAUGUGUGGGAAUUUAAGCAUGUGUUUUGUCAUUUACACAGCUAUCUGCUGGAAUGUACUUUGGAAGAACAUCAGGGGAAAUGCAAAAUGUACCUUUCAGAGUAUUAGCAAUUGAUAUGAUAGAGGACAAGGCUGGUAUUUCAACCCCAACAAUGACUGCUUUAAGAAAGCAAUAUAAAAGAGGAAAAAUGACAUAAAUCAGUCUAAUUUGAUUGGAUAUACCAUAGAGAAUUAAAAUAUUUAUUUUAUCCAGCCAUAAAACAUCCACCAGCCAAUAUUUCAGUUAGGAUUUGACUUACUUAAACUCUACUUUAUAGACCCGAGGCUGAUAUUACUCAGCAGUCCCCAAUAGCAUAACAGCUCCUGUCAUUUUAGUGUCAUGUAGAAAUCACAUUCAACCCAUGUUUCCCUUUACAUGUCAUAUCAUGUUUCUGUUUUGAAUUUGUAUAUGUAAUAGCAGUAGCAAUCUUGGGUAAACAAGUUUAGAACCUGAGGAAAGCAUUUUAGCUGAGAUAUCAUUCAUAUUCCUGGCUGUAUGACACAACCCCUCCCAGUUUACCUCCCAUUUUAGCACUUGUUCUCCUUGACCUCCCUUCAUCUAAUAUAAGAGGAGGUAAGGUUGGUAUAUACCCUCAAUGUUUCCUGUCAUGCAUCCAAAAUCCCUCCUGUUGCUGCUGACCGGUAAGCCUGUUACAUUUCAAUAUUGAUUCGAAGCUUGUUGUCCACUUUUUCACUUGCCUAAGAAUAUACAUAAAGUCUGAGAUGAUUUCAGAUAGAAUAAUAAUCAUGUGUGCCCUCUGUAACUCUUAUUUGGAACCUCAAUGUCAGGAAUAUGUGCAGUAGUGUGACUGAUAGCUUCACCUCCCUCCUCUGCCAGCAUACGUAGCCCAUGGUUCACUGCAGCCCCAGGCUCUGUGGCAAUUUGGCAGAAUGAUCACGUGCACCCAGCCUGAUGUCAACCCCUUCAUGUACAAUAACUAUGGCUGUUGGUGUGGCUUGGGGGGGACUGGGACUCCCAGGGAUGACCUGGAUAGGUGUUGUGAGGUCCAUGACCUCUGCUACCGAGCGAGCAGGCAUCUUCCAGAGUGCCGUCCCAUCAUUGACGUCCCUUACAUCAAGGUGUACAUAUUCUCUUGCACGAAUGGGCAGGUCUCCUGUUCAGCUUCCAACGAUGUGUGCCAGGCCUCAGUGUGCGAGUGUGACCGAGUCGCCGCCAACUGCUUCGCCCAGUCCACCUACAACCCUGAGAACAAUAACCUGGACCCCAAAACCCACUGUAUCACCUGAGCCAAGACAAAUCCUCUGGAAGCAGUACAAACAUCUGAAACUACUGUAGAUUCACUGAAUGUUUAUGAAUCCUGUUUCAUGGAUGUGUGUCAUGUUUGCUGGAAUGGAAUUUACUGUGCCAAUUAAACUGUUGACCUAUUAAAUGA